AUGGAGCUGAGCGACUUUGACAGGGCGUUGCAGCCGCCAGACGCGCUCGAGCCGGAACCGGCCACGCCGCCGCCCGACGAGCACAAGUUCGCCCUGCCCUUCAUCCUCAACGUGCCGGCCGCGGCCGCAUCUGUGGGCGCCAUCAGCUCCAGCGGCAGCGCGACGCAGCUCAGCAAGGAGGAGAAGAAGCGCCGCCGCACCUGCAAGCACGAGGGCUGUCGCAACUACAUCGUGCACAAGGGGCUCUGCUGUCGCCACGGGGGCGGCAAAAAGUGUACGCUGGAGGGCUGUUCGACCAGCGCCAAGCACCGCGGAUUGUGCUGGAAACACGGCGGAUCCGUGAAGUGCCGAGAGCACGGUUGCGACAAAAAGGCGAAAGCUCGCGGGCGGUGCUGGGCGCAUGGUGGAGGCACCAAGUGCCGCAACAGCGAGUGCUCCAAGGUGGCUGUGUCGGGCGGCUACUGUUGGGCGCAUGGCGGUGGCAAGCGCUGCGGUUAUGACGGCUGCGUCAAACCGGCAUACGAGCGCACGGGCAACUUGUGCGAAAUGCACUUCGAGCAGCUGAGUACCGUGACUUACGUCGAGCUGUGAAUUUAGCUGGAGGUGACUUCAGGGAGUGAGCCGCUUGGCGCCUACCGGUGGAAGUAGGCGUGCAGGCGAGUGGAGCCCGAUCCUUUCGAGUUGAAGUAAGGCAAGCCAUCUUUUAAGCCCACAAGUGUCAACUUCAACAUUCGGGUCCCAACUUCGUCACCGUUCACAUCAAGUUCCGUUUCAACGCAGGGCUACGCGAAUGGGACAAGGUGUCCCUGCCCAGUGCUCAUCUGCCUUUCCAACCGCUGAAGCUUUCGAAUCGCUCCCAAGAAGCCCCACCCCCCUACUUCGACCGCCACGUUCAACUUCACGUACUCGAGCUAUGACUGUAUGCGGAGUCGACUUCACCUUCAGCAUGAAGUGAACACAGCCUCAACUUCGCAUUCGUGCGACGAUCGGCUUGGUGUCAAUCUCGCAGGUUCGGUGCAACGCCUCAUCUUCAACAAGGCCAGCGGAGUAGAAUCUAUUGGCUUGGCGACCGAUGCGUAGUACAGUGCCUGAGGCAAGUGUCGGUGACUCACAGCCGGUUGCUCGCGUACGGUACAGUGCACAUGCACUUGCGCUCAACUCGAUCACGUCAGCUAAAGUGCAUGUACCCCAGUCUUUUCUGCGCCCCCGCACAAAAGUCAACGCAGAUAUGUACACAUUCCUCGUUUCAAUUGUUCGCGACCUGAAAAAUGUGCUCACACAUGUCAGAAACGGAGAAGUUGAUACUAAGGCAUCCUGUAUCCUAUACGUAAUAUUGGUAUUGUUUUCAAGAUGUAUGCUGCAGCUAAACUACGUCAACUUGACUUCAAUACAUGUAC